AUGUCGUCGCUGUUAGUGUAUAUGUUGGCAGUUUUAAAUACCAACUUUUUGGUCAUACCACACACUAUUAAAGAACAAUGGGUUAAAGCAAAUUCAAUUACCAGUAGAAGUAGUGCUAUAAGUACGAAAUAUGUUGUCAGAACCCAUCCUAUCUUAGAAAAACGAGAAUUAAGAGCACGAUUGGCAGCCAAGGAUGAAAAAAUUAGAUGUAUUCGAACGACAUAUACACAUGUUUCCAAAAAUUCCAUUAGUUCACAAGAAUUAGCACAAUCAAGUGGAUCAACAUGGGCAGAUACAACUCGUAAUUUAAUUAGAAAAUUAUUUCAUGAUAUUGAUUUAGCAACUGUGAUAUGUGUUAAAUUAAACGGAAAACAUUUAGAUGUAUCGAAAGAAAUUUAUGAUAAUUCUAGUGGUUUUUUCCUUCAACUUGUACAUAUAAUAGAGCGAUGA